GACAGGCGAGAAGCCGGUCCAACUCUGACGGACCAGAAAAAACCGCGUAAAAAUCGGAAACACGCACAUCACGCCGGCUACUGAGCCCCACAGGCCGUCAACACCCACAUUACGCGCCGGUAGGCGGCCCCUUCCAUCCCGGUAAGGGUUUAUAUAAAACCGAUCAAAAUCCAGUAACCCUCACAGUCUAUCGCCCUACACGUGUCCUCCUCCUUUAAAUCUCAACCGUUAGCGAUCCCAAGUCCUCUCUUGUUCAUCGAAAAGGAAAUAGACAUAAAACCCCUCACCGGUCGGCAAACUUCACCCUAAUCUCUCUCUCUCUCUCGGUCUCGGAGCGUCCGUCAAUGUCGAUGGAAGACGAAGAAGAGAUAGAAUCCCAUCCAACAUCGCCAGCAUCGUCAGACCACCAAACGGGACCGUCCCAACCAGUGACCGUAGCGGCGCCACCGCCACCGUCGCGUCAAAGUCUAACCCUAGCCCUGCCAAUACAACAACCCCGAACGGCCAACACCACCACGGGAGGAGGCGCCAGUCACGGCCGCGAAGAUUGUUGGAGUGAAGGGGCCACAUCGACGCUAAUCGAUGCGUGGGGUGAACGAUACAUCGAGCUCAACCGGGGCAACCUGAAACAGAAACACUGGCAAGAGGUGGCCGACGUUGUGACCAGCCGCGAAGACUACACAAAGGUACCCAAAACCGAUAUCCAGUGCAAGAACCGAAUCGAUACAUUAAAGAAGAAGUAUAAGAUCGAACUGGCCAAGAUCGCAUCUGGGAUCUCCACCAAGUGGUCUUUCUUUGACCGCAUUGAUCAGCUCAUCGGCCCCUCGUCGAGAAAGAACGAAGAUCUAGACAACCAUACCCCAUCUGGACCCACCCCGAAGUCCUCCGCCGCCGCCGCCUUUAGGAACUUCAGGUCGUUGCGGCAGCCUCAGGUGAAGCAGCGCGAGUCGACCAACUCGGGUGAUUCGACGGACGGUCUUCCCCCUGCGACGAAUAACGUUAAUGGGAAAAGAUGGAGAUUCAAGAAGGAACCAAUUCGAAGUGGCUGGGGAGGCAAGUCCGAGUCUUCUUCGAUGAAGGAGUUGAGUCGGGCGAUUUUGAAGUUUGGGGAGGUGUAUGAGAAAGUGGAAAAGUCGAAACUGGAGCAGGUGAUGGAGAUGGAGAAGCAGAGAAUGGAGUUGACGAGGGAGUUGGAGUUGCAGAGGUUGCGGUUCUUCAUGAAGACCCAGAUCGAGCUCUCUCAGCUGAAGCACAGAAGAAGGGUCGUCGUCGGUAAUGGUCGCCGUAACAGUAAUAAUAGUGGUUAGAACUCUCAAGUCUCAACGAAUCCAUAAUUUCUCUGUUCACCCCUCAAAAAAAAUGAUGAAAAUUCGUAGUGAAACGGGGUAAAUUAAUAAGGAUCUCUUAGUCUUAUCUCCUCUACUCGAUGACUGUAUGUUUAGUUUAAUUUAUUUCAGCCUCGGGGAUUGAGAGAGCUGACUAAUAGUCGUGCUUUGUUCUUGUGGAAGAAAGGGUUAGGGCCUUAGGGGAGUAGUGAAUAUAGCCACUAUUCUGUUUCAGAGAUGUGGAUCAGGAAAAGGAGUUAGCAAUGUAAAUCAAAACGAAAAAGAUUAUCAGUAGACUGAUCAAACACAUUAGUCGAGUUCUGUUUUCCAAACAAAAAGGAAUUCCAGGAAUUCUAGUUGAGUUUUUGGCUGUCAACUUUAAAAAGAUUGUAGGGAAAAUUAGGCCUUAGGUGAGUUCUGCCUUUUGAGAAAGACAAGUUUGGAGAAUUCGAGUCUGCU